UAUCGAUCAAAUUGACACAAACUUGUUAAUAACAAUAUAAAACAAGAUUUAUGCAUGAUAUGACUUUAAACUGAUAAAUAUAUUAUAUAAUAUAUAUUUUUAUAAAUCACAAUAAUAAGAAAGAAAUUGUUUUAAAUGAAAUUAUUAAAUAUAAGACAAUUAAUACUAGUGUAUUAUUACAUAACUAGUUGGUCACAAUGUAUAGGAUAUUUAAUGUUAAUGUCACAAAAUAGUGACACUUAUCAACAACACAUAGAUAAACCAUGGAAUUAUUAUAGUAAUAAUAAUGAUGAAGCGAACAUUCCAUCAGAUGAACAAUAUUAUGAUGAAACAAAUAAUGCAGUGUAUAACGAUGACAAUCGUGCAACACCAUAUGAUUAUUCUGUGGAUGAAGCUGAUGCUGGUAAUAAUUAUGCUGAAUAUGAAGAAGCUGGAACUUAUUAUCCAACGGAUGAUUAUCAUGGUAAUCAUUAUGAUGAUCAUAGUCAAUAUUAUGCACCAAUUGAAUACGACGACUACUACUACUACAAUGAUCAAACAAAUCAUGAUGAUAAUAUUCACUAUGAUGAAUAUGAUCCAAGAGAAAGUAGUGGUGGUAUAUUAAUGCAUCAUUAUCAUCAGUCAAAUCAUCAUCAUAUGGAAAGACGACAUCCUUAUGAUGGUCGUCAGUAUAAUGGAUAUCAUGAAGAUGAUGUUGAACAAAAUUAUUACGGGAAUGAAGGUGAUUAUGAUCAUCAUGACGAUCAAUAUAAUGAUCAUUACAACAAUCCUAAUUACAACAACAACAACUACUACUACGACGAUGACGGCUACGACAACGGUGACUAUUCUAAUUAUGAUGUAAAUGAUAAUGAUAAUUCUGAGGAUUAUGGUAAUUUUCGUGACUAUUCACAUCAACCUAUAGCAUCAUAUAAACAUCAAAAAUAUAUACCACAUAGAUUGUACAAUUUAAAAGAUUACUUUCCAAUUGAUGAAAAAUUAUAUAUAUUUUAUCCGAAAGAUUUAAAAUCACAAUAUUAUACAGUUCGUACAAUGGAACCUAGUAGAUAUGGUCAAUUUCAUCGAUAUUUUGAAGGUGAAUUAGCGAGUAAAAGUGUUCAUGGACGUUUUAAAGAAGUUUAUCCAAUGGUUUAUGGUGAAUAUACUCAUUUCAAUCAUAAAAUACAUGAUAAUAAUUAUAAUAAUAAUAAUCAUCAUCAUCAUCAUCGCCAUAAUUAUGAUUAUAAUCAGAGACAAAAUCAUCAUAAACCAAUAGUCGAAACUCAUCAUCAUCAUCAUCAUCAGCAUCAUCUUCCUAACUGGCAUAAACAUUUACCAGAUGAAAAAUUUAAUCAAUAUGAAAAUAAAGAAGAAAUAUUUAAUGAAAUAUUUGGUUUUGGUAAUUCUAUAAAAGCAACUGAUUAUGAAGAAACGAUAUCAUAUCAUCAUACUGGUCAACAAGAUCCAAAAGGUAAAAUUCGAAAUUAUUCUAAUUAUGAUAUUUAUGGUCGUAUGAAACGUUCCAGUAAAUCGGAAUUAGGCGGUCGAUUUGAAAAAAAAUAUCAUACUGUUAUUGAUACAGAUAAACGAAAGAAUCGACAUACUGUUAGUUAUAUUCCAUUAAAUGAUAAAUCAAAAUAUCAUCGUAAUCAUGCUAAUCAACGUAGAUAUUCAAAUGCAUAUCAUAAAUGAAGCCAUAUGUCAAUAAUUCAAAAUGAUGAAUAUAUACACAAUUAUAGGCAAAUUGAAUAAUAAAUAAUAUUAACCAACUAUAAAUUUAUUCCAAUAAUGAAACAUUGAACUGUAUUAAUAUUUGCUUGUGUUUUGAAUUUGUUUUUCUUUGCCCUAAUAAUACUGCAAUUGAUCAUUUGAUGUUUGUUUAGUUUGUUUUAAUUUCAUCAUGUUCAAAGAAUGUGUUAUUUUAAGAAUGAAAUUUAUGUUUCAAGGACAUGUAUUAUUGUUCAGUUAUUGAUGUUAAUUAAUUAAACUGCAACAGAUGAGUCAUUCUUGAUAUAUAUAUAUAUUGUGUUCAUUCCAAACAAAACAUUACGAUAUUUCGCCUGUAUUUGUAGCGUAAGGUAUGGAGUUAGUGACCUUGAACACUGAAAUAUAGAAGACAGAUGAAACUGAAAGAUCCCCCCCCCCAAAAAAAGAACGAAAUAUUCGUCUUGAUUUCCAUUGUAGG